AUGCCAGGAUUCAGUUACAGGCAACCACUUGCUCGAAAGAACCCUCCACGCCAUGAGCCAAGCCAUGAUGAAGGCAAUCAUGAAGAUGAUGCAAAGCCAAAAACAUUCGGCCGAGGAAUCAUCCAAGAUUUCAAGCGCACCAUUGGAACUCACUGGGUGAAGGAAAUGACCAACUUCAACACCAAGACUAUCGCUGUCUCUUUCUUCUUGUUCAUUGCUGUGAUUGCUCCCACUAUCACAUUCGGAGCCGUGUAUGCCAAGGCUACCAACAAUUACAUUGGAGCUGUGGAGCUUCUUUUGGCCACUGCAUGGUGUGGAAUCUUCUACUCUUUGGUCUCUGGACAACCCAUGAUGAUCAAUGGUGGUACUGGACCCGUCUUGACCUUCCAAGCCGUCUGUUACGAUCUUGCCAAGCAGCUUGACGUUCCGUUCCUCACAUUCAACGCAUGGAUUGGUAUCUGGGUUUGUCUGUACCAAGUGAUCGCAGCAUUCUUUGACUUUAACAGACUUAUCAAAAAGGCCACUCGAUUCACCGAUGAGACAUUUGCGUUGCUCAUUGUCUCUAUUUUCUUGUUGGGAGCCAUUGGAAAUCCUUCCUCCAAGGUCGGUCUUUUCCACUACUUUGGAACUGAUCACCCUCAUCAUGAAGAUAUGCUCGAAGAAGAUACCACAUAUGACUACAUGACUGUUGCUCUUCUCAGUCUAAUUUUGGGUCUUGGUACUGCCUUCUUCGCCAUUGGACUCCGUCAAAUUCGCAGCUCUGCAUUCUGCUGCAGCGACUACGCCCGAACCGUGGUCACCGAUUUCGCCAUCACCAUCUCGGUGGUUGUCAUGACUGCUUUGAGACACACUGUCUUUGAGGAUGUCCAAAUCGAAGAGCUCAAUGUCCCAGACACUUUCGCCACUUCCUUCACAUGCUGCACUGAAGAUUGUCGUGACUACUGGCCCACUGACUGUCCUGAUCAAGCUGAGCCCUGGGGUCGCCGACCAUGGAUCGUUGAUUUGUUCGAUCUCAACGGAAACACCGAGGUCAUCUUCAUCGCCGCCGCACUUGGUAUUCCAGCUUUCAUCUUGACUUUCUUGGAUAACGGUAUCACUUGGCACAUUGUCAACCACCCAAGUAACAGACUUGCCCACGGAGAUGCCUACAACUACGAUACUGUUAUCUCUGCCAUCAUGGUCUUGGUAAACUCCUUGAUGGGCUUGCCCUGGUUGGUCGCUUCUACUGUCCCAUGUAUCAUGCACAUCACUGCCAUGCAAGAGAAGGACGACAAGGGCGAAGUCAAGUACAUCCAAGAAUCUCGGUUGACUGGACUUCUCACCCACGGAUUGGUGUUGGCCUGCAUCUUUGCUCUCUCGGUCAUCAAAUUGAUCCCUCUUCCCGUUCUAUACGGUGUCUUCUUGUUCAUGGGAUUGGUCGCUUUGCCAGGCCAACAGUUCUACCAACGAUUCAUCCUUCUUUUCCAACAACCAAGCAAGAUCACCAAAAACCACUACACGUCGCAUGUUCCCAUGAACCGCAUUCACAAGUACACCAUGUUCCAGCUCCUUUUCUUCGGCAUCGUUUGUGUUGUCCGAGAAAUCAAGUCCAUCUCGAUUGCUUUCCCAGUGAUGGUUCUGUUGUGUAUUCCAGCACGCUUGUACUUGCACCCCAGAUUGUUUUCGGAGGACGAAUUGAUUUUGAUGGAUGGAUCUCCAGAAGAGAUUGAAAACUGGCUGCUCAAGAACGACCCCGAAGGAGAGGCUGUCGAGAAGCCAAGUAAGAGCGCACAAGACGAACACAUUGCGCAAAACGGGCUCAAGCUUCCCGAUGAAGAAGUCGCAAACGCGUAA